GCAUGGCCCACUACCACAGGAGCCCGUUUGCCUUGUUGUCACUUCCGUGUCAUCAUUUGCUAUGCAAGACGACGACGACGAACAUGAGGGGUGACUAGCGUGCGAUUGGGCCGGCGCUCCCACUCAGGGUGUGUUCACAUUCCUCCGGUUACCUGCUACGAAGAAUCGGCUCAUGUCGCGUGCAUUUCGAAAAGCGGCGGAACUGCGGCGGCAUUCUGGACGGCCUUCUUGUACCACUUUCUGUAAAAGUCCGGCGACGACAUGCUGCUACAGAUUUGUGUUGUUCUGGUGAGCUAUAACAUGGCACACAAAGUUGUCUGCAGUGACACUGAAGCCAAAUGCAGGACACGCUGGUUUAAUAGUAACAAAGUCUCAACUGAGGGGGACUCCGAGAUGCUGUCCAACCUUCUGAAAAAGUUUCCUGGGCAAAUCUGUGCUAAUCCUGUAGGCAUCGAAGCGCAGACCAUUACUGGAAUCAAAGCAAAGCAGACGGGCAACACAUACCACAUUUCCACUCAAGGCUUUAAGUGCCUGAAUACAGAGCAGCAAAAGAAGCCAUGUGAAGACUAUAAGGUCUUAUUCAUCUGCACGGGAACAUUUUGCUCAGGCUGUCUCACCCCAUGGUUUGAUGAUGAUGAUGAAACGGGGAUGGGAGAUUAUGAAGUUCUAAGCUAUCUUCUCAUGAAGUACCCCAAGGAAACCUGCACCCAUCCUUUGGCCAUCGAGGCCCAGACUCUAUCUGGAGUUCCAGCAGAACAAACUGGCAACAUCUUUCAAGUCCACGAUGCGACAUUUGGCUUUGCUUGUGUCAAAAGUGAGCAGAAAGGCACCAGGUGUGGGGACUUUAAAGUGAGAUUCACCUGCCCGGAGGAGUCCUGCUCAGUUUCUACAGACUGCAAGACAGGUUGGCUCAACAGUGACAGCCCAGUGGAGGACGGGGACAUCGAGACUCUCAUGCGGCUUCAGAUGACUUUCCCAGGAAAGGUGUGCACAGCCCCCAUUUCCAUUGACGUGCAGACAGUGGCAGGGGUGCCGGCUCAUCUUACGGGGGACAUCUUCCAAAUCUAUGACAACAUAUAUGGCUUUGCGUGCAUCAACACCCAGCAGGAGGACCAGACCUGUGAGGACUACAAAGUGAAGCUCACCUGUCCUGCAGAUUUUUGCCAAGAGUGCAGGACAAAGUGGUUUGAUCGAGAUGACCCCAACAACAAGGGAGAUUAUGAGACCCUGGCAGAGCUUCACCAGGAGUACCCAGGAGAGAUCUGCUCUGAUCCAAUUGGAAUUGAGGCUGUAACCAUUUUAGGAAUUCCUGCCUACCAAACCGAAAAUGUUUUUCAAGUGUAUGAUGCAACAAAUGGCUUCGCAUGUGUGAAUGCUGCUCAGCCAAAUAAGACCUGCGCAGAUUUUAAAGUCCGCUUCACCUGUCCUUACCUGUUCUGCACAGCUAUGUAAGCAGUGGAGCCUUAUGGGAGUGCUGUGGG